AUGAAAACAAUGGCAACAAGAAAAAGGUGUAAACUUCCCAGAACAGGCCAAGAUUUUGAAAAUGUGAUAAAGAGUUUAUUGUGUGUCCGAAUUUUUCACACAAGAAUUGGAGGAGAUUUAACACCAGCAAUAAUAAACAGAGGAAGACCAGCUAAUGCAGAGCAGAUGGGCCUGUACGCUAGUGCAAAGCAUGUCAACGUGUUCCCCUUGGAUCUAUGGACUCAAGAUGACUCAAUGCUGGUUUCUUUAGUUAAAAAUAAAGUUAAUGCAGUGGGAGAAACCAUAAAUAUGCCAGGUUAG